AAGCUACAAAUUUUCGGGGGGAAGGGGGGAGGAGAAAGAAAUUAUUUACCAAUCAGUGAAUGACUCUUUUAAAAGAUACUCAUAAAUUAGCUAGAUAUGCCAGACGUUAGCAAAAUUUCUCUGUCAAGGGUCCAGAUCACACCAAAAUAUUUACGACAGCAGCAAAAGCAGCCUUCGUCUGACUGGAAUGUAUUUACUUGUGCUCCAGGCAUGAUAUUGAUGAAUGAAGACCGAAUUUAUCUCAUUAAACCCGUGAUAUUUUUAACCUAAUUAAAUGACGUCACCAGUUCAGUUGAUUGAACUUUAGUAGUUAAAAGUGAACUGUUUCUUGCCAUCUGUAUGAUUUUACAUAUAUACAUGUAUAGAUUUAUAUUUAUACGUUGGCGUUUGCGUCUGUGCGCGCAUACGUACGCACACGUAUAUAUUGAGACUUGAAAGUGAAUGAGAAGUUACUGAUUGCCUAAUUUUAUUCAGCAGAACUAAAUUCUGGUAACUUUUGGAUGACCUCUGCGAGACAAAGACAGGACAGAUCUAUUGUACAUCAUAUUACCCUCUUCUUUGACGGCUUUUCUUUUCCUCUACUGCUUAGCAGUUUCCUCUUUUUUAACCCCGCUUCAGCUCAUCGCUCCGUAUAUUCCUUUCGAUUUUUUUUUUUAAAUUUUAUUUAAAGCAAGGUACCAAGCCCCGGCGGUGAUGCUGGCUGGUAAAUCCGGCGGCGGGUCUGCAUCCCCCGGGGCUGGGGGAAGCCGGCUCAGACAAAAGGCUGUGGGCAGGGCAGCGGCCACCGCCCCGGGGUACCCCUACACCUCCGGUACCUGGUUUGGGGGUGCGGCCCGCCGGAGAGGGGGGUCACCCAGUCAGAGGGAUGUUAUUGAGUGGAAUCGGGGAAAAUGCGGGGAAAUGCGGCGGUGGGCGCCCGGCUCCCCAUUGGCCGGGCCGGUCACAUGCCCGCCUAACUUUAUUCAGUUGACAGCAAGUAGGAGGGCUCUAUGGCAGGGGAAAAAAAGACAACACGAGAAAAAUUAGUAUUUUCUACCUUCAGAAAUUAAUGGCCAUGAGUUCGUAUAUGGUGAACUCUAAGUAUGUGGAUCCCAAAUUUCCUCCUUGCGAGGAAUAUUUGCAGAAUAGCUACCUAGGCGAGCAGGGGGCCGAGUACUACAGUGCCUCGCAAGGCUCUGAUUUCCAGCACCAGGGACUCUAUCCACGGUCAAACUACAGCGAGCAACCCUUUAGCUGUAGCAAUGCCCAAGGCUCUGCCGGGCAGCCGCGGGGUCACGGACAGGAGCAAUCCGGCCCGGCAAGCCACUUCCCCGGCCCAGCAGAGCAUUGUCCACCGCCUCCAAUGUCCAACUCGCGAGCCUGCAGCCAGCAGCCGGCCCUCAAACCCCCAAACGGCUCCGCAGUUAAGCAGCCAGCAGUAGUUUAUCCCUGGAUGAAGAAAGUCCAUGUAAACUCGGUGAAUCCCAAUUACAACGGAGGGGAACCUAAACGCUCCCGCACAGCUUACACCAGACAGCAAGUCCUAGAACUGGAAAAAGAAUUUCAUUUUAACAGGUACCUGACCAGGCGCCGCCGUAUCGAGAUAGCCCACACUUUGUGUCUCUCUGAGCGCCAGAUCAAGAUCUGGUUUCAGAACAGAAGAAUGAAGUGGAAAAAAGAUCACAAACUGCCCAACACGAAGGGCAGGUCUUCUUCAUCUGGUUCAAACCCCCAUUUACAAACUGGUUCCAAGGACCAUCAGACUGACUUGACAACUUUGUAGAAGAGGUGAAAUUUUCCAUUUCAUCCUUCGCUUCUGACCAGUACUGUACAUAACUGACAGUGCCCAAGCAGAACCUGCAUGUAGCAGCUAAGGACACGAGAAACUGUCAUCUUUCUUUAAGGUACUGUUGUACAAAGGAGACAAAAUGACGCUACUUUGGACUUUAUUUUAUUUGCCUCUUCUAGCACAACUUAAAAAAGGAAAACAAAAAAAGGGGAAAGAAAGAGAAAGGGGGAAGAAAAAAAAACAAACCAUCACGCAGGCAGUGGGAAUUGGGAAAAUAUUAAAUGAGACCUUCUGUCCUUAAAAAGUAAUAAAUCAUUGAAAAUGAAACUGUCCUGUGUUUCAGUUUUGAAUUCGAAAGUGAAGAUUGGAUGCUUUAUUCUGGGAUUUAUACUUUUAAUUGUCUUUCUAUCCCAUGCAAUUUGGGCACGGAUGCAUU